UAACAAUCGCUUCAUUUCACAUGUUCCAGUCAUUUGUAGCGCUGAGCGCAAGCGCAUUGCAACGGAAGUCCGAUUAUCGCCAGGAAUAACGAAACGAACGGCCGUCGUGUCGUGGUAUCAUCGUCGUCGUCCGAACGAGGAUAACGAAAUAAUUUCACGCGAAAUAUUCCAAACGAACGAAACUAUUUUGAAAUGAGAAAUUAUUUUUACGGUUUAUUUGCAUUGCUGUUAUUUGGUUUGAUGUCGUUUUCGGAAGGCAAACCAUGCCCGGGGAGAACGCGACCUCACAAGACACGCUGCGAUGCUUAUUACAAAUGUACCGAAAUUAACGACCAGAAACAUGUCUGGGUACCGGCGAAAUGCGAAGAAGGUCUUAUCUAUGAACACAGUUUGGGUGUGUGUGUUCUGCCGGCCGAUGAUUGGGAAUGUGGACUCAAUGCUACGGCUGAUACGAAUAGAAAUCCUCCCUCGAGAUCGAGCCCAAGUGCGAAUAAAGAUGCUGACUUUUAUGUUGUGACCAAUGCCCGGGAAGAAUUGGAGGCUGGACACAGAAGAAAUGACAAAUUCGAUGAUGGCAAGGUGGAAAUUGUCAUUGGCACGGGCGUGAGCAGUGAAGAAGUGGAGGGGGGAGAUGCUCUCUAUGAUGGCAGUGGUAAUGGUGGGGAACUUGUGCAAUUGGAUGAUUUGAUAAAUGUGGAAAAUCGGGAGGCCAAUGAUGUGGUGAUGUUGAAGGACAAAGAAGAGGCAGGUGGGGAGGUGAUUAAACCAGAAAUGCAUGAGGUUCUGUUGGAUGCCGAGAAAAAGGAGGAAUUGAAUGAGGUGCUGGAAACCAUUAAGACUAAGGCGGAAAUUGGUCAACCAUCCAGUAAUAUUGAUCCCAAACUAACGGCCCAUUUGCAGAGAUUGUCACAACUGGUGGAGGGUUUGAAGCAGACCUAUCAAAAUUCAGAUACCCCCAGUCAAGACCUGAGGCCUGAUCAGUUAAAUGCUUUCCUGGCCCAUUUUAAUAUAAAAAAUAAAUUCGAAAAUCUGGAACCCCACGGAGAAGAAGAAGAAAAAGACGAAAUGGCCCCCGUGAUUGUAAAGGGGAUGAAUAAAACCGGGGCUGUGAAGAAGGAUAAUAUCAAGAAAUUAAAUCCCGAAACAAAGGUUGUGCUAAGCAAUAUUUUGCCAAAACGCUAUCAACAGCUGCAGCAUGGCGGAAAUGAUGGCGGCUAUUCAAAUUCCCAAAUUGUGGUAAAUCGUCCCGAGGGAGCCGUUCUCUUUGCCCUACCUCAAUCCCAGGGGGAACAUCAUUUUGUCGAACGCCCCGAAUAUUCUUCGGAUAAUUCACCGAAAAUUUCGGAGGAUACCUUGAAAACGGUUUUGGAAUUAUCCAAGCAAAUGAUAGCCUCCCAGAAUAUACCCAGUGUUAUACACAAUCCAGCCUAUUAUGCCCCUCCGAUUAUGCAACCCAUUGUCUUGACGCAAAGUCCAUUCUCCACGGAUUAUUAUGGGGCAAGGCCGCCGCCGGCGCUGCAUCAUGGCGGCAAUGGUGAUGAUGACGGUAAUGAGGGGGGAUAUUCGAGUGUGUUUAGCUCGGAUCAUCAUUAUCAUGGCUAUAAGUCUCAUAAAAAGCCGCCCAGAAAGACCUCACAUGAUAAGUCCCCCGCGACCACAAUUAUACACAACAACGUAAUACCCCUGCACCUAACCUCAACGGGAGGUUCCCAGGGUUCGGUGGAUAAACUCGAUAGCUAUGGCCAGAAUUUGAAUUUAUAUCCACCACUUGAUUCGCAGGAAGAAAGGCCGGAUAAUUUGGUAGGUGAUGGUUACGCGGGUGGUAAUGGAAAACCGGUUUAUGAAAAUAACAAAUAUGGAAUCCGUACCACGCGCCGGCCCUCUGGCACUACAACCACUCAAAUGCCCAGCUAUGGCCAUACCAUACGACCCAAUGAUUUCCAUCCUACCUCACACUCGUUUAAUAAAUAUUUCACACCCAGCGAACAUUUGAAUAACCAGAAUGUGAAUAGCAUUUUCCAGACGACGGACAAUUAUGGUAAUCUCUUGCCACGCCCCUCUUCCCAGCAGGGGCAAUCGCAGUCAUCGUCUUACUCAGAGACGGAUAAUUCCAAUAACUAUGGCACGGCAAAUCAGGGAUAUGAGCAAUCCAUGUUUAGCGAAGAUCACCUGCAGCAGCAUCAACCCCAAUAUCCGAAUAGUGUCGAUGAGGAAGAUACCGAUAUGAUACAAUAUACUUUUGGCAAUCCGAAACCUUCACAUGCCGAGGGGAAUCUACAAAUGCAACAGUAUUCCGGCUCACAAUCGGUAUUUAGUAGCAAUAACAACAACAAUAACCACUAUAUGCCAAGGCCCUCUGGUUCCUCUCCCGCGAAUAAUAUGAUGUAUAAUCCCUCAGCAAUAUCGACGAAUUCCUAUAAUCCAUCCUCAUCCUCCGCAAAUGCAUAUAACCCCUUAUUAUCCCUCUCAUCGUCAUCAUCAUCGUCUUCCUCUUCAAAUGUCUACAACCCCUUGACCGCCCUCAGCUACAGCGGCAGUUCAUCUGGCAACAAAUACCCCAACAAAGCUGGUACACAACUGGUAAAUAUCGGAGGCAAUUUCAUUAGCAUUGAUGCCUUUCAAAAUUCCAUAUUACCUCUUAUGGGUGGCAAUGCCCAAGCGGCGCCCAACGUGGAAGUAAUCACAUGUGCUGCGGGUGUAAGGCAACCCAAUACCACGGAUUGUACCCGGUAUUAUGUUUGCAGUAAAAAAGAUGGCAAGGUCCUCUCCUACUCCUGUCCUCCCUAUACAGCCUUUAAUGCGGAUACACGGAUCUGUGAUGCUCGAACCUAUGCCCUGUGCAGUCCCGACAAUGAGGUACCACAAACAUAUUCAGUAAAUGAAAAUAAACGACUGCAAAUGGAAGCCUUGAAGGCAAUGCAAGAGGCUAAACGAAAGCAGCAGCAGCAACAACAACAGAUGCAACAACAACAACAAUUGGCCAAUAUACUACAACAAUAUACCAUGCAAAGUGCAGCUUCUGCAUCCAUGAAUUCCAAUACGAAUCCCAUGCUAAAUUCAUACAACUCUCCGACGGGUAGUGAUGAACAGAACAUGUUGCAAUCAUACAUGCAACAGAAUUCAGCCGCCUCUCUAAUGCCCGGCACCACUGCACGACCCCAGCUGACGCCCACGAAGAGUAAAAAACGAAAAUACUACUGCAAAGAGGGUGAUAAAAUUCCCGAUCAAACAUCGAUAAGCAGUUACUUUGUUUGCUACAAAAAUGCCCAGGGCCAGAUGAAGGGUCACAAGAUGACCUGUUCCAAAGGUUUGCUGUUCUGCCCCAAAACUACCAUGUGUACCUUGCCAUCGAAGUGUUCAUAAGGAAAUUACACUAUCCAUUUGCCAGUCGAAUAUCCUGCCCCUAGUUACUAAGUUUAGUUUAGUUACUAAGUAUGAGAAGCUUUUUAUUUAUUCUAAUUUUAAGAUUAAUUUUAUUUAUUCGAAAUAAAUUCCGAAGAUGCGAUGAUGUAGUUAAAAAUGUAAA